GGUUGCACUAUCUUUCGAGAAGUUCUAAUUACCAUGGAUUGUUACGGCUUACGAAGGACUUCGUGGUUAUCGUGGUUAUGUUUACUGAGUACGGUGUUAUGCCUGCUGUUGCUCGGUGAAAAUACCGCGACGGCAGCGGCUGCUGAUAGUUAUGCGGCAGUGGCGCCCGCUGCUUCAGAGUCCAUCUUGAGUCGCGCCAAACGGCAGUUCCCGGGAACGAGCGGCGGUUGGGGCAUCGGCGGGGAUGUGACCGGCUUUUUGUGGGGCUACAUUCUCCAUCAGCUACUCACUCCACCCGCCACACCGGCUCCCGCACCACCACCACCACCCAAAACAUAACGCUGCUUACCAUAAUCUGGACGCGACGCGGGAGGAAUUACCUCCGGGAGGAUAGUGUCCGCAAAGAAUGCGUCUUGUUGUUUUUGUAUUUUGUUUCCACGAUGACCGUACUGUGGUUUGUUUUGUGUGGACAGUGUGGACAGCACUCGCGCCAAAUUAUGUACGAGAAACGAUUAAGACAAUCAGUGUAUAAAGGACUACCAUAAAAUUUCUCCAAUUUUAUUCUGAUAACGAUACAGGGCGCAUGCAGUAACAGAAUAAACUGCCAGCU